AUGCGCCAGGUGCUAUCAAAGGACUACAUCUGGAUCGACAAUGAGAUCAAGACCCUGUUCUUUCAAUGUGUCUCCACGCUCGACGAUGUAACCACAAUACCGAGCAACAUACAAGCUAUUGCCUUUCCGAAGAUCAAUACAAAGGAGCAAGCCUCGGUUACGAGCUUUGUAGAGAGCCGUAUCGGGAGCUGCAACAUAAAGACUAUCUACGUUGCGCUCUUAUGGGUACCUUUCAAGAACAUCGAGUUGGAAGGCAUCACGACCUCUCUGUGUGCAAACUCAGAACUGGAAGUCGUAGACUACGACGACGAGAUGCUGCUCACUUACAUAAUCACGGCUUUGAAUAUGAACCGGCUGAUCUGGCUGUUGGACCGGAUGGAUGAAAGACCCUACCUCGAGCGCGCCGAGGAAGCCAUAAGCCAGACGAAGGAACAUCUACGAGAGCUUACCCACAAAUAUACGCAAUGGCAAGAAGAGACGCGCGUAAGAUUCAAGCUUGCUGCAAGAUUCGGACCGCGAGAACACUUGCACGUGCAGGGGCAGUCAUUAAUUCGGAAGGAAUUGGCAGAUGGAUGGGAAAAUGGAAUGGUGCAUGUGUGGUGA